AUGUUCAAGUCCCUUGUCUUUGUAUCCUUCCUGGCUGUCGCCUUGGCGUCUCCAAUCGAUUCCGGCUAUGUUUCAACUAUCGAGGAGAUGUUCAACCCGGAGAAUGAGUCAGCAGUCUGUAAGGAGGAGUCCGAGAAGUUCAAGCAGUGCUUCGAGGUUCUUAAAGAGGAAGCCCAACAAUACUCCGACGAGCCAAGAUUUCCCACCCGCGAGGAAAUCAAUCAAUCAAUUGUUGAAAUCCGUCAAGCUGUGGAAUGCGCUGGAGAGGUCACUUGCAAAAAAUUGAAGUUGACAGUUUACAUCAUGGAGACUGCCGCCUACGCUAUGGAGCAAAUCUUCGGGGAAGGAUAUUCCUGUUUGGAUGAGCAAAAUCUGAAAGCCGGACUUGUAUUCUGUUUCCAAUCUGAAGCUCGUAUGGAGGAAGUUCAAGCUGGAGGAAUCGAAGCAUUGGCCAGUAAAAUGAAGCCAAUUGCCAAGUGUAUUACUGGAUGGCAGGACUGUGAAACCAAGGAGAAGAACGCUUUCUACAAAGGAGCAAUGGCGCUUGCGGAUUUUGCGGAAGUCGCCAUGAAGGUUGCUCAUGGUGUACAAACCAAGCAACUUGGAUAUAUCGAGACUUUCGAUAAGAAGUUCAAUCGUGCUGAUUUCGAUAAUUUGGAGUUGUAA